AUGGACAACCUCGUCGUCUUUUCUGUCCGCUACUACUCCCCGUUCUUUCGAGAGACCUGGUACGACGUUCCUGCAGACCUCCCUGCCUGCCCGGAGGAGGGAUGCUACUGCGCAUGGCUCUGGGUCCCGGAUGGGUGCGGCGAGCCGAACAUGUACAUGCAGGAUCACCGGUGCGAAGUAACGGGCAGCAACUCGAGCAAGAAGCUUGCGGCGCCCAAGGCACCUGUAUGGUGCAAGGACGAUCCGUCCAAGUGCGUCACCGGCGCGAAACAGAUGAUGGUCUGGCAUCAGGCGGAGGGAAACAACGUCGACCCGCCCAACGGUCAGUCGCCAACGUACAACCAGCGCAUGGGCUUCAUGGACGGGGCGCAAAACGACAUUUUCGAAUAG